AUGGGACAAACUGUGGGCAAAAUGCCUGAAACGUGGGAAGGUCUCCUGGAAGAGAAAGAUCGUGUUUUACAUUGGAGUUCCGAAGUAUUGGCGAGAGUGCAAGAUAAUGUUAGGAACGAGGAUACGUUCUUGUUAGAUUAUGACGACAACAAAGUUAACGCCAAGAUCGACACGUGGAUUAAAACUAAUCGAACGCAGGUUGACGAGACAUUUAAUAAAUUUCCAAACGCGUCAGAUGAGUUAAAAAAUGUAGUUAACACUGGAAUAGAAAAGCUUACUGAAGAAAUACGAACGAAAACGAGAAAAGAUUAUCAGAAUGCAUACAGUGACAUGAAGAAGUUCAGUAAGAAAGUGGAUCAAUUAGGUUCAGAUGAACGAAAAAUUCAUGCCGAAAUACAAAAUCUGGAAGUAGAAUAUGCGGGCGACGUUCAAAAAUUCCAAAAGAAAUUUGGACCAUUGCGAUUAAAAGUUUUUGACAAUUUGAGAACCGGCGAGAAAAUGAUAUUCCAAGAUAAAAGACUAAAAACCGAUUUUACGAAAAAAGUUUACGAUAUUGAUCACAAAAAUUCUGCUGAGUGCAUAAAAAAGAUCAAUAAAUUGCUUAAAGAUUUCGAAAAAAAUGCAGCAAAAGAAAAUAAAUAA